UUAGUAUAGCCGACGGCGGCCACAGUUUCGGCGCAGCCAUGAGUUCCGAUCAAGACAAAGAAUUUAACAAUAUUCCUUCUUCGAGCUCCGAUGGAGACCAGAUUCCUGCCCAGAUUCAGCCUCUCCGACUUCCCACGCCGGAAGAGGUGCAAGGACAGGACGUUUGGAACAAUUGCGCCGUUCGUAGCGUCUUUAGCGGAGUCAUGGGAGGAGGAUUGGGGUUGUUCAUGGGUUUAUUUUUGGGAUCAUUGGACACUCCUUUGGUGCAAGAAGAAUUGACUACCAGACAACAGAUAGUUAACCAGGCAAAAAAUAUGGGAAGAAGGAGUUUGAGUUCUUGUAAGGCUUUUGCUGUAAUGGGUUUUGUGUUCUCUGCUGCUGAAUGUGUUGUUGAAAAGGCCCGGGCUAAACAUGACAUUACAAACACAGUGGCUGCUGGUUGUGUAACUGGAGGUGCAAUGUCAGCUAGAGGUAAUUUUUCUCAUAUGCAGAUUGCGUAGUGUUAUUGUUUGAUAGAUUACAAUCACAUAGUGUUUUUAUAGGGGAUACAAAAGAUA